UCAUCUGUCAAGCCACAGCGGCAAAGCCAAGGAGUGAAGUUUAGCUCCAUUGUAAAAAUUAGCUUGAUAGGUUUGAUUAAGUACAUCUCGUCAGAUACGCUAAAAUGGAAGGCCAGCGCUGGUUGCCUUUGGAAGCGAACCCAGAUGUAAUGAACCAAUUCCUGAGACAGCUGGGUCUGCAGCCAACCUGGCAGUUUGGAGACGUGUAUGGCAUGGACCCAGAGAUUCUCAGCAUGGUCCCCAGACCUGUAUGUGCGGUCCUGCUGCUGUUCCCUGUAACAGAGAAGUAUGAAUCCUUUAGAUUGGAAGAGGAGGCAAAGAUAAAGUCACAGGGACAAGAAGUCAGCCCAGAGGUUUACUUCAUGAGGCAAACAAUAGGCAAUGCCUGCGGAACAAUAGGCCUAAUUCACGCGGUGGCCAACAACCAAGGGCGUCUGGACUUCGACCCUGAUUCGGCUCUGAAAACUUUUCUCAUGCAGUCUAGUUCCUUGAGCCCAGAAGAGAAGGCAGCUUUCCUUGAAAAAGAUGAGAGUAUCCGCGUUACACAUGAGUCAAGUGCUCAGGAGGGACAGACAGAGGCCCCAAGUUUAGAUGAAAAAGUGGAUUUGCAUUUCAUUGCAUUUGUGAAUGUUGGGGGCAAUUUGUAUGAGUUGGAUGGGCGUAAACCUUUCCCAAUUGCCCAUGGAAAAACCACAGAGGAGACUUUCCUAGAGGAUGCUACAGCGGUCUGCCAGAAGUUCAUGGCCCGGGACCCAGAGGAGUUGCGCUUCACUGUUGUGGCUCUCUCCAAAGCAUAGAGCCAACACUCUAACAUUCUUCUCUGUGACUCGCUGCGAUCAACCCAAACCUAAACAAUUACUGCCAACCAUUCGCAAGUGCUGAAAGUGUUAGGAAAUUAGCAUUUUUACAGAGUAAAAAUCGUGAUGGAGAAAAGAUAGACAGGUUAUGCAAGCCUAAAGUAAUGACUCCUUCAAGAUUUCAGUGGCCAGCUUUGCACAAAAAGAUGAACGUAAACUAAUUCUUCCAACUGGAGUUGCUACCAAGCUAAAAGAAUGCUUUUGAGUCAUGUGAUUCUGAUUUGAAUAGUGGGUGUAUAUUGUUGAACAUAUCUUUAUAUUUUUAAUUGGAUGUCAGCCCCUCAGUAUUAAUGUAGUUCUACUUGCAGUGAUACUGCCCCUGCACUAAACAACGGUUUUCAAUGGGUGCUAAUAUUCUGAAGUACCAUAAAUAUCUUGAAAGAGUAAUACUGACAAAGCAUUGAUGCAUGUGUAUUAUAAUUUAUAUGACUAAUUUCCUUGU